AUGGUAGUGCGUGUCGCUGGUCACAUGACCGUCCCGUCCGCCAUCUUCCGUGUUCCGACGCCCAGCAAUACUGUGUUGGUUGGCGGCCGCCGUUCGUUCUUCGACCGUUUCAUUGUAAAAAUCCCCACGAAACGAGCGUCAAUGGAUGAGAAGAGGGGGUCCAGUAGGUCAAAAAGACAUUCAAAAGCUCCAGACGAGGGCUACUGGGAUUGUAGUGUGUGCACCUACCGCAACUCCCCAGAAGCUUACAAAUGUGAGAUGUGUGAUGUAAGGAAAGGAACUUCAACGAGAUUCCACGACACCACCAUUACAAGGUCUUUGGGGCAGGUCCUUCAAGCACAGAAAACAAUAUGGGAAAGACAGGCCUCGCCAAAAUUGAUGACGACUGUCCAUGCAAGGCAUAGUCCUGCUUUAAGUUAUUCACCACCAAGUCCCCAUAUCAACCAGUCCCUGUACUCCAGUGCCCUGAAAGAAGUUGAUCACGUCAAACGGAAAGAAAACCCAGAAGUGAAAAAAACAGCAGCUCCUAAAGACAGACCAAGGAAAUCCUCUUUACCUCCCUCAAAUGAAAAACAAGCUGAAUCCACAGAUUCGUCAAAUGACAAGGAUCCCACUAUUAUCAAAAAAAGAAAAUCCCACCUAGCACCAUCCAGUGCCAAGUUGUAUGAAUGGACGGACUCUCCUGACGAUGACUGCCCUUCCCUAAGUCCUAAGCCCAGAUUGAAUACUCAUGUUGCUCAACAAAAUUCUCAACAAUUUGCACCACCUCCAAAGAAGGAAAAAAGUAAUAUCAAAAAGGAGAAAAAUAACAGUAAUUCAACAAAGAAGGCAAACAGGCCUCCACGGUUAAAGAAUGUUGAUCGAAGUAGUGCUACUCAUAUGUCAGUAACAGUGGGCAGUGUGACUGUUGUAAUCACAGACUUUCAACCUAAGAAAGACAGACGCUCCUCGACAGAUACACAGAAUGUCAGUCCAUCAGACAGUAGUGAUGCUUCCUCAUCUACGGCAGGCAAUGAUUUUCAUGAGGAUUCCAGUGUUGACAACAAUUGA